AUGUUUGGUUCUCUUUUCCAGGUUGCAGAUCUUCUCUUUCAAGCAGCCGAAGAUGCCGGUGUACAGUAUGACUCUGUGUGUGGUGUUCCUUACACUGCGCUGCCGCUGGCCACAAUUAUCUGCUCAGAAAAGCAGAUUCCAAUGCUUAUACGGAGGAAGGAAGCAAAAGACUAUGGUACUAAGCGGCUGGUAGAAGGCACGAUUAAUCCAGGAGAAACGUGCUUGAUUAUUGAAGAUGUGGUAACAAGCGGAUCUAGUGUACUGGAAACUGCGGAAGUUCUCCGGAAAGAAGGAUUAAAAGUGACGGAUGCCAUAGUGCUGUUGGACAGGGAGCAGGGUGGGAAGGCCAGGUUAGAGGAAAGUGGAAUUCGCCUGCACUCUGUGUGCACGCUCUCCGGGUUGUUGGAAAUCCUCCAGCAGCAAGGGGAAGUGUCUGUUGAGAUGGUUGAAAAGGUGAAGAAAUUCAUUCAGGGAAAUGUGUUUGAGCCAGUGGCUCAGAAUGGUCCUGCUCCUGUGAAGAGGCAAUGCAAAGAGCUGAGCUUCAGUGCUCGUGCCGAGCUGCCGGGGGUACAUCCUAUUGCCGCCAGGCUUCUCGUGCUCAUGGAAAAGAAGCACACAAACUUGUGCCUUUCUGCUGAUGUCACUAGCUCCAAAGAGCUGCUGCAGUUAGCUGCCACCCUGGGCCCCAGCAUUUGUAUCCUGAAGACGCAUAUAGACAUCCUGAAUGAUUUCACCCAAGAGGUAGUAAAGGAGUUGAGAACACUUGCAGAUCAACACGAGUUCUUGAUUUUUGAAGACAGGAAGUUUGCAGACAUUGGAAACACAGUGAAACAGCAGUAUGAAGGGGGUGUGUUUAGAAUUGCAUCCUGGUCAGACAUCAUUAAUGCCCAUGUGGUUCCAGGCUCUGGAGUUGUGAAAGGUCUGAAGGAAGUAGGUCUUCCUCUCCAGCAUGGCUGUCUUCUCAUUGCUGAGAUGAGUUCCCAAGGGUCACUAAUAACUGGUGAAUACACGAAAGCUGCAGUACAGAUGGCUGAAGACAACUCUGAUUUUGUUUUUGGAUUCAUAUCUACAUCUAGAGUUAGUAAUAAACCAGAAUUUCUUCACUUAACUCCAGGGGUGCAGCUGCAAACUGGAGGUGAUAACCUUGGACAGAAGUACCUAAGCCCCAAGGAAGUUAUCAGUGAAAAAGGUUCAGAUAUAAUUAUUGUGGGACGUGGCAUCUUGUCAGCUUCAGACCGUCUUCAGGAAGCAGAGAAGUACAGGAAAGCAGCUUGGGAGAGCUACUUAAGCAGGCUUGGUAUUUGUGCAGAAGAUUGAAAGCAGCCCGCUUUGCUAGUCUGUGAGCAAAGCUGAUG